UUGAAGACGAUCAAUAGGUUAUCAAGGUCGUGAAGUUGUCAAAUAAAUAAAAAAACAGGUACCUAUAAUAAUCACAAAUGGUUCUCACGGGUACUUCAACGGUAAUUCGUGGUAUUUCAGCCUUCGCUAAGGUAGUAACCGCACGAUCAAUCCAUACAACGCUCAGAGCCAUGGCUAUUAAGGUUGGAGACACAAUACCAAGCAUUGAUUUGUUCGAAGAUUCACCUGCUAACAAGGUUAAUAUUGCUGAAUUAUCAUCUGGGAAAAAAGUAGUAUUGUUCGCCGUACCCGGCGCGUUCACGCCGGGCUGCUCCAAGACCCACUUGCCGGGUUAUGUCGAAAAAGCCGACUCACUAAAACAAGAUGGAGUUGGAGAGAUAGUCUGCGUAUCCGUGAAUGACCCCUACGUUAUGGCUGCCUGGGGUGCACAGCACAACACCAAGGGAAAGAUUCGCAUGCUGGCUGACCCUAGUGGUACCUUCGUGAAAGCUUUGGAUCUAGGAGUUGAUCUGCCCCCACUCGGAGGUCUUCGCUCUAAAAGAUUCUCAAUGGUUCUCUGUGACGGGAAAGUAGAAGAACUGAACGUAGAACCAGAUGGCACAGGCCUCUCAUGCUCGUUGGCAGACAAGAUCAAAGUCAAGAAGUAAUCCAUUAUCAUGAAAACUUACACACUCAUCCCUAGUUAUCUUUCUAGUUAUUGUGAUUGGAAACACAUUUUAGCUUUAUCUAGAUUAUGGAGCACUUGUCGUGAUAUGAAAUACUACAAUAACGUGCAAUCAAAAUUUUAUAAAGAAACACUAUCAAUAAAAAUAUAAGAUCCUUAA